AUGCAUCAUUUAAUGAAUAAAACUUUGCAACUUUUCAGCAUAGAAAGGACAUUAUCGAUAACUCAAAAGAUGAAUAAAAAUUCUAUGGAUAAUAAUGCUAUCUCAGUUGACAAUUCAUUUGCUGCACAACAUCCUCAUGUUGACAAUGAGCAACGUGAAAACUCAACGCAAAAUGAAUUUAAUUCAGCAGAAUGUGCCACUGCCACUGAUACAACAAAGAAGUCAUCAAUCACUUCGAUACCUUUAGAAUUUCCGCACUGGUCGCGACAUCGAUCUUCAAUUGGUGCAGGUGCAUUUGCUGUAUUCACAAUUAUAGCAAUGAGUAUUGGUAUAUUGACUGUUUGUUUCACUUCACCAAAAGCUACUGUUCAAAAAUGUGAGCUCAAAUUCAAACCAACGACUCAAAAACCAGUUGAAUACAAGUAUGGCCCACGAUCUGUUGCCGCUGGUGAUUUCGACAAUGACACAUGUUUGGAUAUGGUUAUUGCUCAUCAUAUAGCUAACACGAUAACUGUUUAUCUUGGAUAUGGUAAUGGCACUUUUAAAAGUCCAAUUACAUAUUCAACUGGUUCCUACUCAAGUCCUUACAUGGUCACAGUUGGUUAUUUCAACAACGAUUCUUACUUGGAUAUUGCAGUAGCAAAUUUUGGCACUAACAAUAUCGUUAUCUUUCAUGGAUUUGGCGAUGGGUCUUUUGCAAAUCAAACAGAACUUUCAACAGGCUCCUCUCGUCCAAUAGCGAUUAUCGGUGCUCGUUUCAACAAUGACUCACUACUUGAUAUUGCCAUAGCCAAUUACGGAAACCACAGUAUCAGUAUACUCUAUCAAUAUGGAAAUGGAAGUUUUUCGCUUCCAAUUACAUAUCCGACAGGUUACGAUUCUUUUCCGUCCUCAUUAACUGCUGGAGAUUUCAAUAAUGACAACUAUUUAGACCUCGCCAUUGCCAAUUACGGUACUAAUAAUGUUUUGAUACUUUUUGGAAAUAGCAACAGCACUUUUGCAAAGCAAAUUACCGUCUCAACUGGCAUUGAUUCUCAACCAUACUCUAUUGCCGUUGGUGAUUUCAACGCAGACAACUUUCUCGAUAUCGCUAUCGCUGAUUCUGGAAGUCAUGAAGUAGGUGUGCUCCUAAAUAAUGGUAAUGAAACUUUCGCUAAUCAAGUCAACUAUUCCAUCAAUUCUGCUUCUCCAAUUGCCAUUUCGGUAGGAGACUUCAAUCAAGAUAAUCGAUUGGACAUAAUCACCACGAAUCAAGGCGCUGACAACAUAGCCAUACUUCUUGGAUAUGGGAACGGCAAAUUUGCAAAUUCAAUUAUGUAUUCAACCGGAUCUUCUUCUUCGAUUUCAGUUGCUGUAGGUAAUUUCAACAAGGAUCACCGAUUAGAUAUUGUCGUUGUAAACAAUGAUACUGGUGUCAUUGAUAUUCUUGUUGGACGUUACGAAGGCUUGCAAAAACAAAUAAGAUAUUCAGCUGGCUCUUUUCCACAAUAUGUAUCUAUUGGUGAUGUUAACAACGACACUCGACUAGAUAUCGUUGUUGCCAAUUCGGGUAGCGAUGAUGUGAGUAUCCUUCUUGGAUAUGGGAAUGGUUCUUUUGAAACUCAAACAAGGUAUUCAGUUGGCUUUUGGCCACAAUCUGUAGCUAUUGGUAAUGUCAACAAUGAUACUCGACUAGAUAUCGUUGUUGCCAAUUCGUGGAGCGAUGAUGUGAGUGUUCUUCUUGGAUAUGGAAAUGGUUCUUUUGAAAAUCAAACAAAGUAUUUAGUUGGCUCUUCUCCAUCGUCUGUAUCUAUUGUUGAUGUCAACAAUGACACUCGACUAGAUAUCGUUGUCACCAAUGCGAAUAGCAAUGAUGUAAGUGUCCUUCUUGGAUAUGGAAACGGUUCUUUUGAAAAUCAAAAAAGUUAUAUAGUUGGCUCUAGUCCAUCAUCUGUAUCUAUUGGUGAUGUUAACAACGACACUCGACUAGAUAUCGUUGUCGCCAAUUGGUUGAGCAAUGAUGUGAGUAUCCUUCUUGGAUAUGGAAAUGGUUCUUUUGAAAAUCAAACAAAGUAUUCAGUUGGCUCUGGCCCACAAUAUGUAUCUAUUGGUGAUGUCAAUAAUGAUACUCGACUAGAUAUUGUUGUUGCCAAUGUGAAUAGUUAUGAUGUGAGUGUUCUUCUUGGAUAUGGAAACGGUUCUUUCGAAAAUCAAACAAGGUAUUCAGUUGGCUCUUAUCCAUCAUCUGUAGCUAUUGAUGAUGUCAACAAUGACACUCAACUAGAUAUCGUUGUCGCCAAUCGGUGGAGCAACGAUGUGGGUGUCCUUCUUGGAUAUGGAAACGGUUCUUUUCAAAAUCAAACAAGGUAUUCAGUUGGCUCUUCCCCAUCAUCUGUAGCUAUUGGUGAUGUUAACAACGACACUCGACUAGAUAUCGUUGUUGCCAAUUCGAAUAGUGAUGAUGUGAGUGUCCUGCUGCAAUAUAACAGAGGAGCGAUUACAUAUGAAAUGAGCUUGGCACCUGGUGGUGGUUCUAGCCUACGAUGUGUAGUCAUUGGUGAUUUGAACAAUGACACUAAUCUGGAUAUCGUCUUAGCUAAUUAUGGCACUAAUAAUAUAGGUGUUAUUUUUGGAUAUGGGAAUGGUAGUUUCGAAAAUCAAAUGAUGCUCAGCACUGGCAUGAAUUCUCAUCCGAUUUCUAUCGCAGUUGGGGACUUCAAUGGUGACCGUGAAGUAGAUAUUGCUGUGGCCAAUCAUGGUACAAAGCAUGUAGAUGUGAUGCUUGGAAAUGGACAGGGAAAAUUUGCAACUCAAAUAAGUUAUGAAAUUGGCUUUGAUACACCUCCGUUAGUUAUGGCUUCUGGUGAUUUUAAUAAUGACGCACGAUCGGAGAUCGCUGUCGCUUACGAUGGACGUGAUCAUGUGGAUAUUUUUGUUGCGUAUAAUCAUGGUUCUUUUGAAACUCAAACAAGGUAUUCAGUUGGCUCUUAUCCAAUAUCUGUAGCUAUUGGUGAUGUCAACAACGACACUCGACUAGAUAUCAUUGUCGCCAAUUGGGGUAGCAAUGAUGUGAGUAUCCUUCUUGCAUAUGGAAAUGGUUCUUUUGAAAAUCAAACAAAGUAUUUAGUUGGCUCUUCUCCAUCAUCUGUAUCUAUUUGUGAUGUCAACAAUGACACUCAACUAGAUAUUGUUGUCACCAAUGCGAAUAGCAAUGAUGUAAGUGUCCUUCUUGGAUAUGGGAACGGUUCUUUUGAAAAUCAAACAAAGUAUUUAGUUGGCUCUCGGCCAUAUUCUGUAGCUAUUGGUGAUGUCAACAAUGACACUCGACUAGAUAUCGUUGUCACCAACGUAGAUAGCAAUGAUGUAAGUGUCCUUCUCGGAUAUGGAAACGGUUCUUUUGAAAAUCAAACAAAGUAUUCAGUUGGCUCUAAUCCAAUAUCUGUAUCUAUUGGUGAUGUCAACAACGACACUCGACUAGAUAUCGUUGCUGCCAAUCCGUGGAGCGAUGAUGUGAGUGUCCUUCUUGGAUAUGGAAAUGGUUCUUUUGAAACUCAAACAAGGUAUUCAGUUGGCUCUUCUCCAUUCUCUGUAGCUAUUGGUAAUGUCAACAAUGACACUCGACUAGAUAUCGUUGUCGCCAAUUUCAUUAGCAAGGAUGUGAGUGUCCUUCUUGGAUAUGGAAACGGUUCUUUUGAAAAUCAAACAAAGUAUUCAGUUGGCUCUCGGCCAUUAUCUGUAUCUAUUGGUGAUGUCAACAAUGAUACUCAACUAGAUAUCGUUGUUGCCAAUUCGGAUAGCAAUGAUGUGAGUAUCCUUCUUGGAUAUGGGAACGGUUCUUUUGAAAAUCAAACAAGGUAUUCAGCUGGCUCUAAUCCACAAUCUAUAUCUAUUGGUGAUAUUAACAACGACACUCGACUAGAUAUCGUUGUCGCUAAUGCGGCUAGCAAUGAUGUAAGUGUCCUUGUUGGCUAUGACAAUAUAGUUUUUGUAAAGCAAAUGAUACUAGUAACUGGAAACGGUUCCCAACCACAGUGGUUAGUGAUUAGCGAUUUUAAUAAUGAUGAUCUAAUGGAUAUUGGCGUCAUUAAUUCACGCACCCACAAUAUUGAUAUUUUUCUUGGAUAUGGAAAUAUCUCUUUUGUAAAUCAAAUGACAUAUUCAACGCAUCCAUAUUUAUCUCCAUGCUCUAUGGCUGUCGGUGAUUUCAACAAUGAUAGUCGAGUGGAUAUCGUCUUUGUUAGUUGUAAGUCGAACAGUAUUGGUAUUAUUCUUGGAUAUGGAAAUGGUUCUUUUGGAAAUCAAAUGAUGUAUUCAACAAGCUCAGGUUCGUCUCGAUACUCUUUAGCUGUAAAUGACAUUAAUAACGACGCUAUACAAGACAUUGUCGUCGCGAAUUAUGAUGUCAAUUAUCUAGGUUUACUUGUUGGGCAUGGAGAUGGCACUUUCGAAAGCAUUAUGCUAGUUCAGUUGGACUAUGGUUCCAAUCCAUUCUCGAUUGCCAUUGGAGAUUUCAACAAUGAUAAAAAACUAGAUUUUGUCGUCGCCAAUAAUGGUACUGACAGUUUAAAUAUUCUCUUGCAGACUUGUUAAUAAUUUUAUCUUGUACUUUAUAUUUUUCUAUCACUUACUUAUUUCGUAUGCUCUUAUAUUUAAUAGAAUCAUAGUUGAAAUAUUCAAAUGUUUCUAAGUGUGAAAGAUGAGUGGGGAAAGCUUGAGUUUGGUUGUGGAUCCCUGAUGAUGUAAGCCUUAGUAUGGUUGAGAGUAUGAAUGAUUAUCUGCCAGUAUUGAUCUGACUGUAAUAGAAAAGCAUUUAGAUCCAUACUUACAUCCCACAAAAACGUUUUUUUUUUGUAUCAAUGACAAGUGCCAUGAUGAAAUCUAUCGCAACGAGGAAAUUGAUUACUACAUCGAAUAUUCAAGUUUAUCGAGCUUUUUAAGAACCAUUGUCUCGUGAAAUGCAAUCGUAUUGUAUAUACUUAGAGAUCAACUCUUGCUUCAUAGUAAUCUAGCUCAGUGUAACUCUAUGAAUAUCAUCAAAUCACUAUUAUCUAUUACAUUCCUUGCUUAUUAAUGAUGAUUAUCAAUACCAUAAUGUCAAUAUGUGCAAGAGAAACGAUAGUUUCUUGGGUGUAGGAAAUUAAAAGUUCAACCUGCAGUUAUGUUCAUUGAAGGAUGUUUGUGUGGAUGCCGAAUGGUGGAUGAGAUUCUUCACCACACCCGCAAAUCCACGCACAAUUGAACAUCGAUCAAUUUUAAUGAUGAUCACGUUGUUCUGUUGAAUAAUAUAGGUAAACUACUCUA